AUGCCACGGUCAUGCCCCUACAGUGCCCCUGGCAACGCCACAGGGGGGCUGGUCUAUGCCAACUACGGGCGCCAGGAGGAUUUUGACGUCCUGGGACAGAAGGGAGUGAACCCCCAGGGCCACCUCGUCAUCGUCAGAGUGGGAGAGAUCAGCUACGCGGAGAAGGUGGCGAACGCAGACACUGCCCAGGCCCGGGGGGUGCUGAUCUACCCCGAUCCCUGGGACAUCCCCCAGGAUCCGAGGAAAGCCAGCCUGUCCCAGAACCGGGCAGUUUAUGGACACGUUCACAUGGGGACCGGUGACCCCUACACCCCCGGCUUCCCCUCCUUCAACCACACCCAGUUCCCCCCAAUCCAGUCCUCAGGGCUGCCCCGCAUCCCUGUCCACCCCAUCAGCGCCAGCACGGCUGCCCGCCUCCUCAGUAAGCUAACAGGGCUGGCCGCCCCUCGGGACUGGAAGGGCCGCCUGGCCAACGUCCCGUAUCACCUUGGGCCUGGGGACCCAGGCGUCCGGGUGCAUCUCCAGGUGAACAACGUCAAGACUCCUACCAUGAUCAGUAAUGUCUUUGGCUGCAUCGAGGGGCGAUUUGAACCCGGGAUUGGCUCAGUCGGGCCCCGGGGCGCCCCCUGGGGUCGGAACGGCACAGGGCUCCCCCCGCUGGUCGCUCCAGGGAUUGGCUCAGAUGGGCCCCGGGGCGCCCCCUGGGGGUCACCCAUACAAAUCUCCUGCCUGCCCCAAAUCCUGCUGCCGCCCCCCGAAAUCCAGAGCUGUUUGGGGCCGGAAGUCCCUGAUCUCAGAGCCCCCGGGAAGGUUUUGGGGGAGCAGCCCUGGGUAGGACAAUGGGGGAACCCCCAACCUCAGCACCCCCCCUUCUCCCUGAGUCUGAUCCUGCCUCCUGCUGCCCCCAGGAUCCGGCCCCUCUCCAUGGACAGCAGUGCCUACCUCUUCACCGCCUUCGCGGGAGUCCCGGCCGUGGAGUUCUCCUUCGUCGAGGAUGCCCGGCCCUACCCGUUCCUGCACACCCAGGACGACACCUACGAGAACCUUAACGGGCUGCUCUUUGGGCGGCUGCCGGCCGUGGCCAAAUCGGCGGCCGAGGUCGUGGGGCAGCUGCUCAUCCGCCUGAGCCACGACCACCUGGUGCCGCUGGACUUCGGCGCCUACGGAGACGUCCUGCUGCAGCGGAUCGCAGAGUUGAACCCCUACAGCAGCGAGCUCAAGAGCCGCGGCCUGACCCUGCAGUGGAUGUACUCAGCCCGGGGCGACUACACGCGGGCGGCCGAGAAGCUGCGCCAGGACAUCUACAGGUCGGAGGAGAAGAACGAACGGCUCAACCGCAUGCACAACGUCCGCAUCAUGAGGGUGGAGUUCUACUUCCUGUCCCCCUACGCAGCGGCCCCGGAUACCCCCUUCCGGCACGUCCUGCUCGGGCGCGGGCCCCACACGCUGCAGGCGCUGCUGGAGCACCUGCACCUGCUGCGGGAGGCGCCCGGGCGCUUCGACGAGGGGCGGUUCCGGCGCCAGCUGGCCCUGGCCACCUGGACCCUGCAGGGGGCGGCCAACGCCCUCAGCGGGGAGGUCUGGGACAUCGACAUCAACUUCUGAGCCCCCCGGUCCCCCCCCCGGGUGCCCCCGAUGGCUUCCCUGCCCUGUCCCGGGUCCCGCCCGCUCCGAUCCCCCCCCAUCACCCUGUCCGGCCUCCUAGCCGAGCCGCCUCCCUGCAGGGCCUCACCCCACUGAACCCCCAGAUAUCCCCCCCUGCAGCCCUCCCCCCAAAUCUCCGCACCCCCUUCCUUGUCUACACCUCCCCCCACAAGGAGCCUGUAUUUCUCCUACACCCCCAGAUCUGCACCCAAGGGGCACCCCUGCCCCCCCAACCCCGCUGCCCCCCCAUUAAUUUAUCAGUGGCAGCGCCCACUAUAAAUGGUUUCGUUUAUUGCUAGGCGAUAGAUUUAACCCUUUGUCGGAAGCACCAGCUUCUAUAGCCCCCCGCCCCGUCCCCGUGACCAAUGGACACGCAGCAUCCCUGGGAACCAAUCACAGGCCGGCUCCCCAACAUGGUCCCACCCCAGCACCCCCCAAAAAAUCCAUCACCAGCUGCAACCUCGGGCACCAGGACGCCUGGGUUCUCCCCCCGGCGCUGGGAGGGGAGUGGAUGCUGGGGGGGGCUAGAGCAGGGGGG